GCGAUGUUGAUGCUCAGGCGCCUGUCGCAAGGGCGGCAGCACGUCUGUCGACAAUGUAUACGCAACCAACACACCCUCGCUCGAGGUGAGCGACCGAUACAAAGAUGGGCCGGCGAAGAUGCAGACAAAGCUUCGCGACAGGUCGAGUGGGAGGAGCAUGCCAACAGGAUAAGAGCAGGCGCACAGCAGAGCAUGCUGAGUCUGCUUGAAGAGCGGGGAUUCGUCAAAGAUGUCGCUGGUGGACGCCAGACACUCGACUGGCUCCUCACUGAGAAGCGCAUAGGAGUCUAUGUCGGUGUCGACCCUACCGCGCCCUCCCUGCACGUCGGACACCUUCUGCCUCUUAUGGCUCUAUACUGGAUGUACCUCCACGGCUACUACACCGUCAGCUUGCUUGGUGGAGGCACUGUGCAGAUUGGAGACCCUUCAGGGAGAACGACCGCUCGUUCGCGACAGGGUGCAGAUGUACAGACCAUGAACAUCGAGAGCAUACGGCGACAGCUUGACAAGCUAUGGACCCAUGUCAAGUGCUUGGGAAUCAAACACCAGUACUCGCCAGAGACAAGCAGAAAGCAGGACAUCCUCAACAACCGAACAUGGCUGGAGAAACUCAAUGCUGUAGAGCUCAUGAGGGACUUGGGAUCUGGCAUGCGCCUGGGCACCAUGCUCAGUCGCGAUUCAGUCAAGCUACGCAUGGAAAGUGGCGAAGGCAUGGCCAUAUCCGAGUUCUCCUACCCUCUCUUUCAGGCCUACGACUGGUGGAGCAUGUACCACAACAAAGGCGUACAGCUCCAAAUCGGUGGCUCAGACCAGUACGGCAACAUCUGCGCAGGUAUGGAUGCCGUCUCGCACAUGCGCAAAAUCCGCCGUCUCGACUCGUCCCAGCAGGAAGACGAGGACCCACGUCUCGCAGCAUACGGCCUCACCACACCUCUCCUGACCACCGCCUCGGGCGAGAAGUUCGGCAAGAGCGCAGGCAACGCUGUCUGGCUCGACAAGACCAUGAUGAACUCCUUCGACCUAUACCAAUACUUCAUGCGCACCGCCGACGCGGACGUCGAGCGCUACCUAAAGCUCUUCACCUUCCUCCCUCUCGACCACAUCUCUCUCCUUGUGGAGCAAACUCGCAAAGACGCAUCAAAACGCACCGCGCAACACGUCCUAGCAAAAGAAAUCGUCGAGCUCGCUCACGGCGCCGCAGAAGCAAAGAAAGCUGAAAUAGCACACAAAGAAGCGUUCAGCCACGGCACAAACACCUUCUCCCUCGGCGCUCUGCGGAAUACGUUGGGUACCGAUAAUCCCAACGCCGGCCUCGGGGCGCAAAAGGAGAAGCCGAGUAAAUUCGACAUUGAGUUGUUGGAGUACAAACGCGCUUAUGCUGCGUCUUCGAGCAUACAGCCCACCUCCAGCACAUCUGCCUCCUCGCAGACAAAGCAGGACUCCGUAGUCACUCUUCCCCUCUCCCUCCUGCAACCUGGAUCCUUCCCCCGCGUCCUCCACGCUGCCGGUCUCGCCACUACGAAGAGCGAAGCCCACCGCCUGAUUGCAAAGAAGGGUGCUUACGUUGUGGUACCCAGCUCUGGCAGCGUUGAAGCUCCCACAAGCCUGAAGUGGAUUCCCAUCGAAGCUUCUUCUAUAGCGAACCCGCAGCACUUCUUGAUUGACUUUGAGGCAUUGGUGUUAAGGAGCGGGAAGAGCAAGAUCCAGAUUGUUAGGAUUGUCAGCGACAAGCAGUUUGAGAAGCAGGGGUUAAAGACCAAGGUAGAUGCGACAAAGGUGGAGGAUAAGCUAGAGCAGGAGGCAAAGGAUGACGUUAGGGAGGAAGAGGGUAAGGACGCGCAGAAGGCGGAAGCGAGUGCGAAGACGUCGACGGGUGAGGCAGUGCCAUUCCAGCCUUCGUAGGAAUUGGUGUAUAUCAGUGUAAAACGGCGGACUGAGCCCUGUUCACUUGUACAACAUUAGC